AUGUCCAAUAAAAAAAUAAUACUAUAUCUGUUAGCUUUUAUAGUUAUCAAUUUUUUAGUAUCAUUUUUUAUUGUAUGUUCAAAUUUUGGAGGAACGAAUAAUAUAUUUAAAUUUUUGUAUCCUGAAAACGAAAAUGAUAAUAGAUAUAAAAGUAAUAUAAAAGUUUUUUGUAUUAUUUUAACUUCAAAAUUUAAUCAUAUGAGAAGAGCUAUUCAUCAAAAAAAUACAUGGGUUAAACGUUGUGAUAAUUAUAUAUUUGGGUCUGGGGAAGAAAAUAAUAUUUUACCUGCUAUAAAAGCAUGUAAUAGUGAUGAGUAUAAUGAUUCAUUUUGUAAAUUUAAAAAUACAAUACAAUAUGCUUGGAAAAACAAUGGAGAGAAAUAUGAUUGGUAUAUAAAAUUAGAUGAUGAUUCAUAUGUAGUUAUGGAAAAUUUAAAAGCAUACUUAUCGAAACAAGAUAAAAAUGUACCUGAGUAUCAUGGACUUUUAAGAAUGGAUCCACCACGACAAGGUGACACCCAAUUUGCUCAAGGUGGUGCAGGUUAUGUCAUGAGCAAAGAAGCUGUAAGACUUUUAGUUGAUAAAGGGCUUAACUCAUCUGAAUAUUGUGUACAAAAGAAUUUCCCUCCUGAUGACGUUGAGGUUGCAAGAUGUUUUAAAAAAUUAGGUCUACAAUUUAAAAAUAGUCUUGAUACAGAAGAAAAGGAAAUAUUUAAUGAAUUUUCUCCAUCAGAACUUGCUUCAAAUUUUAUUGGUAAUAUAACAGAUUCAUCUAAUAAUAAAUCUCAAAAUACUAUUUUUACUGCUAUUGAUAAAAUAUCAAGAUAUCCUAUAUCAUUUCACCAUAUUCGUAAUGGUGACAUGUAUUUUUUAGAGUACUUUUUUUAUAAGAUGAAUGUAGUUAAUAACAAUACAAAAAUUGAUAAAAUAUACAAAAAGAUGUAUGAAUGA